AUGUGGACAAAUCCACAUAAUGGUCAUUGUCUAGACUUUGUUGGCAAUACUACAGACAUAGAAGAAGAAGUAAUGAACUGUGUCUUCAUUCACAAGUGUGCAUUAACUCAACCAGGUCAACAUUAUUUGUGCCCAUGUACAGGAAAUGGAUGUCGCACUUUUCUCUAUGACUAUUGUGGUUCAAAUAACGAUCCAUUGUUUUCGUAUCCUGUCGGUCGUAUACUGACACCGUUUGUCGAGACCGCUUAUGAAAGUUAUUCACAUGAUUUUGACACAAAUCAGUGGCCGGACAUUGUCAAAUUCACUCGGAGUAUUAAAUGCAAUUAUGAAAUCCGAAUAGUUCCAAGUGCUGCAGACAAGAUUGACUAUGAAGAUAUAAUGUCAUACUACGCACCAGCUACUGCUUGGCAUCCAUUUGAGACUACCUUUUGCAUGACUUAUUAUUAUUAUGAUACACUUAAUGUAUUGAGCUAUGGAAGCUGUUGGAAUGAUUCGUAUCCAAAUCAAGCAAAGCACUGUGACAAAGAUCGACCAAUUGGUUGCAUUUCAAAAUACCAAGUCAAAGAUGGAUUAUAUGAUUGCCCAGAAGGUAAGCUGCUGUAGGUGCUAUCUCAUUAUUUUAAUCUGGAGGUAAGAAAAACGACAUUCAGCUCACGAGCGAACCUCCACAGCUAAUAAAUUGUUUUUGAGAUCAGACUCCUCUCACUAAGUUCCGUAGCACUUGAGAAUGACUCUCCAAGAGAGCUAGACAACUACGAGUACAAAUAUUUGUACUUGAACAACAGUACUCGUCCUUGGUUUGGGAAGCACAAGUACUUUUCUAAAAUUACAAGUAAAGUACUUUGUACUCGAAUACUUGUACUUUCAAGUACAAUUACUCGAAAUGUACUUAAGAGAGGGUCCGCGAGACCACCGACCAAACUUGCAUCCGAAAAACUUUUUCAUUUUUAAAUGAGUUAGAUUAUUUGAAAGAGCGUGAAAAGUUAUGCUCAAAACCAAAUUUUUACGUUUUUUUGCAAAUCCUUUCAAGAGUUAUGAAGGAAUGAUUGAAUUUAUCCUCGGGUUCUAUUUUCUAAAUUUUUAAAAAUUUUGAUGAAUUUCAGAGAAUUCUGUUUAAGAGCCAGUCCAUGUAAGCCACGACCGAAGUUGCUCAAUCGAUAUCGUCAGAUUUUGCUUAAUUUAAGACAUGUGAUGUGGUAGAGGGAAGAGUUUUGUGAAUUUCGACGCAAGCCGCUUCAAAAAAUAAUGAUCCCUCAGUUUUUGUGAGCAUUUUACGAAAAGGCCUAAAAAUGACCUUAUAUAUAAAUCGGGGUCCUAAUGCAGCGAUAUUUCACAAACGGUUCAACCAAAUGAGCUGAAAGUUUUUACUGCUAUAUAUCUCAGUGAGUUCUAUUUAGAAUAAAAUUUUCCUUUUAUUAUAUUGAGCCAUUGGGAUUUUAUGAAGUACUCAAUAUAUGAAAAAAGAUUCAUUUUCGGUAAGUUUGGCGCUUCAUAACUUUUGAUAGGAAUGACAUAUAUGUCUGAAAUUUUCAUAGUUAAUAGUAUACUGAGAGAUAUAUUUUUUCUGAAAAUUUCAGCUAUCUAUACCGUUCUAUUUGCUCAGGGCAACCCCGUGAAAAAACGAAAUUUUGAUAAACGUGGGCACUUUCAGGAUAGGCUUUCUCUCAAGAAAUGGAUUGUCUGGGGUACUGGUUAUUUAAACUGUGAAGUACUCUCUUUGGGCUACAAUCCUGUGAAAAAAUUAGUAUGGGAUCUCCAAGAAUGGCGCCAGGGCACUCAUGGCAAAAUACAAAAAAAAUGAGCCUUUUCUAUAGGAAAUCCACCUGAGUACAGUUCAAGAUUCCUCCAAGAAUUCUACUAUAUGAUAUAAAUUUUAUGUAGUAAAAAUCAGUAUUUAAUUCUCUAUUAUCCUGUAUCAAAAUAUCCUUUCAAAAUGAAAAAAACAUUUUUACAAAAAAUCCCUCUACCGCCCUCCAGACCUCAUCCUGCAACAUCUUAUUCUCCUAGCCGCUGUAUCCCCCCCUAGGGCAAUUUUUCGAAAAAAAAAUUUUUUAAACUUCGUAAAGAUAUUUCAAUACAGGGUAAUAGAGAAUUAAAUGCUGAUUUUUACUACAUAAAAUUUAUAUCAUAUAGAAGAAUCCUUGGAGGAAUUUUGAACUGUACUCAGAUAGAUUUCCUAUAAAAAAGGCUCAUUUUUUUGUAUUUUGCCAUGAGUGUCCUGGGGCCAUUCUUGGAGAUCCCACACUAAUUUUUUCACAGGAUUGUAGCCCAAAGAGAGUACUUCAAAGCUCAAAUAAUCAGUGCCCCAGGCAAUCCAUUUCUUGAGAGAAAACCUAUCCUGAAAGUGCCCACGUCUAUGAAAAUUUCGUUUUUCAUGGUGCUGUUCUGAGAAAAUGGAACGGUAUGGAUAGCUGAAAUUUUCAGAAAAAAUAUAUCUCUCAGUAUACUAUCAACAAUGAAAAUUUCAGACCUAUAUAUCAUUCCUAUCAAAAGUUACGAAGCGCCAAACUUACCAAAAAUGAACCUUUUUUCAUAUAUUGAGUACUUCAUAAAAUCCCAAUGGCUCAAUAUUUUAAAACAAAAAUUUUAUUCGAAAUAGAAUUCACUGAGGUAUAUGGCAAUAAAAAAUUUUAGCUCAUUUGGCUGAGCCAUUCGUGAGAUAUCGUAGUAUUAGGACCCCUAUUUAUAUAUAAGAUCAUUUUUAGGCCUUUUCGUAAAAUGCUCAUAAAAACCGAAGGAUCAAUAUUUUUUGAAUCGGCUUUCGUCAAAAUUCAUAAAGUACUUCCCUCCACAACAUAUCUUAAAUUGAGCAGGAUCUCUCUGAAGUUGGUCGUGGCUUAUAUGGACUGGCUCUUAAAUGCACAUUUGCCUACCCAAUAGUACGCCCUAAAAACCUUGCACACCCUAUCCAGCUUAUAGUACAUUAUAAAAAGAAUUUGUUUCACCAGAAAGAUGCACCAUCAAAUUCUGAGUGUACGAACGAGGGAACCUCCCCAAGUGAUACUCUCGGUUUGGACUCAUAUUUUGCCUAUAGGUAGGACUCAUAGCGUAGGUAAGAGCCCUAAAAUGGUUUGUGCCCAUAGCCUGUUGUUGUUGAGAUAUUACGUUUUUAAGAUAUUGGAAUAACUCACUACCGUGGUCCCCCUCAGGAACAUGAGAAAAACUCAUUUGAAAAUUUCGACUUGAAACUUUGUAUAGAGAGAGGUCUCAAUGAGAGUGGUUUAUUGUAAAAGUUUCAGACCUAUUCCUUGUUCCAAUUCUAAGAUACUGCUAUGGUAACCUAUGUCACUUGCAGAGGCAAGUUUUGGUGUUCGUAUUUCCGAUUAGGAGCAUUCAGCAAAGCUGAAACUUUCACAAUAAGCCACUCUCAUUGAGACCUCUCUCUAUACAAAGUUUCAAGUCGAAAUUUUCAAAUGAUGUUUUCUCAUGUUCCUCAGGGGGACC